AUGGAGAAGUACCAUCGAGUGAGAGUAUGCAGAUUUGGAUGUAAGGUGGAGAAGCAACAGAGAAGAAAGGUGGAGAAGGUCGACGGAGAACGGCGACGGAGAACAGCGACAGCAACGACGAACGGAGAACGGAUAACGGAAAUGGUGGCUAAGGGGGAGUUAUUCACCCGAAAGAUUGACAAGCUUAAGGAAGAAGUAACAAUGAUGUUUCAGAACGUGGUAGAUCCUAUAAAGCAACUUGAGCUAAUUGACACUUUGCAAAGACUUGGAGUAUCUUACCACUUUAAGGACGAAAUAAGGAGGAUAUUGGAAAAUAAACACAUUACUAAUCAUAAUGGUGAUGUUUGCGAGAAGCAAAGUUUAUAUGCCACAGCAAUUGAGUUUAGGCUCAUGAGACAACACGGAUAUGAUAUACCUCAAGACACAUUCAAAAGUUUCUUCAAUGAAAAGGGGGAUUUCAAAGAAUGUCUAUGUGUUGAUAUUGAAGGAAUGCUUGCUUUGUAUGAAGCCUCAUUCCACUUGAGGGAAGGUGAAAGCAUCUUGGAGGAAGCAAGAGAUUUUGCAACCAAACAUCUUAAAGAGUAUGUGGAUCAAAGCAAAGAUCAAUGUCUUUGUACGAUGGUGAGUCAUGCCCUAGAGCUUCCAUUGCAUUGGAGAGUGAUAAGGUCUGAAGCAAGGUGGUUCAUUGAUGCAUAUAGAAGAAGAGAAGAUAUGAACCCUACCUUGCUUGAGCUUGCAGAAAUGGAUUUUAAUAUGGUACAAGCAGUUCACCAAGAAGAUCUAAAAGAAGUGUCCAGGUGGUGGAGGAGCACUGGCCUUGGAGAUUUGAGCUUUGCAAGGGAUAGAGUGGUGGAAAAUUUCCUUUGGGCAACGGGAGCAUUAUUUCAACCUCAAUUUGGACAUGAGAGGAGAAUGUUAGCAAAGCUCGGUGCAUUGUUGACAAUUGUAGAUGAUGUCUAUGAUGUCUAUGGCACUUUAGAAGAACUUGAGCUCUUCACGGAUGCUAUUGAAAGAUGGGAUGUCAACGAAAUGGAACAACUUCCUUAUUAUAUGCAAAUCUGUUUCCUUUCUGUCUACAACACGGUUAAUGAAAUGGCUUUUGACACUCUCAAGGAAAAGGGAUGCAACAUCGUUUGGUACAUGAGAAAGGCAUGGGCAGAUAUAUGCAAAUCUUAUUUGUUGGAGGCAAAAUGGUUUUACAAUGGAUAUACACCAAGCCUUCAAGAAUACCUUGAAUAUGGAUGGAUGACAAUAACAAUAGCAAAUAUACUGGUGCAUUGUUAUUUUUUCGUCACAAAUCCCAUAACAAAGGAAGCCUUGGAUUCAUUGGAAGAGUAUCCCGAUAUAAUUCGUUUAUCAUCAUUCAUUGUGCGACUUGCAGAUGAUCUCGGAACGUCUACGGACGAGUUAAAGAGGGGGGAUAAUCCUAAAUCAAUCCAAUGCUACAUGAACGACACUGGUGCCAGUGAGGAAGAUGCUCGUCAAUACAUGAGGUCCUUGAUUAGUGCAACAUGGAAGACAAUUAAUGGAAAUCGCAUUGCAAGUUCUCCAUUCUCUGAAACAUUUAAUGAGAUCGCAACAAACAUUGCAAGGGUGUCCCAGUUCAUGUACCAACAUGGAGAUGGGCACGGCAUUGUAAACCGUGAGACGAAGGACCGCGUGCUAGCGUUGUUUAUUCACCCCAUUCCCAUAGCUAAGAAUUGAUGAAUGAUUGGAAAAAUCACAUAUAUAUUUCUACUUUUUUCCAUGUUUAUUUCUUAUAUUUGUAGACUGGAUCAUAUGUCAAAGGUAACUUGUCUGUUUACCUCACUAAUAAUACUGUUCCUUGCGAAAUUAAAUGAUGUACAAGCCAAUCAAAAUUCAAUAAGUCUCUUGUUUCUCUUGGAAA